AUGAAUGCUUUCUUCGACGGCUACGUGCAUGCCAGAACAAACCUUAAAGAGUUUGUUGAUCAGUUCGACAAUGCUCUCAAGAAAAAAGUUGAGAACGAAAACCAAGCUGACUUCAAUUCAUUUAACUUCACUAUUCCUUGCAUAUCACACUUGGCUCUUGAGAAGAAGUUUCAAGAUGUAUACACAAAUGCAAAAUUUAAGGAGGUUCAACAAGAAAUAAUGGGAAUGAUAUACUGUCAUUGUAGUUUCGAGAAAAUGGAUGGAGUAAUCGCAACUUACUCGGUCAAUGAUCAAGUUAAGGCUGAAGAUUUCAUCAAGGAGGUUACGUAUACUCUUUACUUUAAUGAGGCCGAGUGUGAGGCGAAGUGUGUUUGUGGGUUGUUUGAGAUGCAAGGGAUAAUAUGUAGACACAUUCUUGCCAUCUUUUCAGCUAAGAAAGUCCGUGAGUUGCCAGAAAAGUAUAUAUUAGACCGGUGGAGGAAAGACAUAAAACGGGCUUAUACUAUAAUUUCGACCAGUUAUGAUGCUGUUGAUCAAAGACCCGAAAUUGUUAGGUAUAAACGUAUUUUGAGGACUUUCAAUGAGGUAAUAACAAAUGCAGUUUCAUGCGAUGGGCAUACUGAGGAAAUGAUUUCGAACUUGUAUGCGAUGAAUGAGGUAUGGUGCACUUCGAAGUCUAACAACAUAAAUUCCAAUGUUGGAGGAAGUACCGUGAAUGCACAAACGGAAGGAAGUUCCAAAAAGGUGCUAAGUCCACAUGUUGUCAGAGGCAAGGAAAGACCCCCAUGUAAGAGGAGGAUGUCGACGAUGGAGGAACAAUUGAAGAAAAUACAAACUAAGGCUGCAAAUAAGAAAAAAGAUAAGGGAAAAAGCAGACCGAGGCGUAAAUUGGAUACCGAACUAUUGGAAACCAGUGGAAACCAACUCGGGAUAUCGGGAAUGCCCAUUUUGCAAGAAAAUGUACAAACUCCCAUAAAGCUGGAUCAAGAAAGUGGACAACAAGAUGUGAUAGGGACACAAGAAUGUGUACAAACUCCAGUGAUAGGGACACAAGAAAGUAUGCAACUAGAAAUGGAUGAAACGCAGCCACCCAUGGCAGAUGGAAUGCAGCCGGAGAUGGUAGACUGA